UUCUGCAAUGAAAGAAAUUAUUUUUCCAGAGAACCCUUGAGGCUGUGAAGCUGCCACAUAUAUCCAUGAACACAGUCUAUUCAUAGCUCCAUGAAAACUUGAAGUUUGAGGCGAUACACGUCUUCAUUUUUGGAUCCCAACUUCCCAUAGAGCCCAUUCCAUUCCUCACUCAAGCCCAGCCCACUAUCUCCCGACCAAAGUAGAAGAAAAACAACUCACUUUCGUCCUUGUAUCGGCAGUACUUCCUUCCUCGUUGCACAAGUUGAAACUGAUUACUUCCUUCACAUCUUCCUCUUCAGUUCUUCACCUGUGAUGAGUUAGCCCACUACCCACAAAAAGAUAAAACUGUAAUUAUGUCAACGACUGCAUUUGCUGCUUCAGCAACUCUUUUACGGCUCAAUUGUGAGGCAAAGCACCAGGCUAGGUUAUUUCCCGAUUUCUCGAGAAGAGGCCGGUCUAAGAUAUCUAAGAUAUCGCUAUUUGCUAGUUCACAAAGGAAAAGCUUUCAGUUUGUUGUUGCUUCAAGUGCUUCUGUGGGGAGUGGAGGUGUUGCGGAGAUAGAAGCUGAAAGUGCCCCUCGGUAUUAUUCUUGGCCGGAUGAGAAGAAACCAAGGGUGUGUAUACUAGGUGGUGGGUUUGGAGGUCUGUAUACUGCUUUAAGACUAGAAUCAUUGGUAUGGCCUGAUGACAAGAAGCCUCAGGUGCUCCUGGUUGACCAGUCUGAACACUUUGUUUUUAAGCCAAUGCUGUAUGAGCUUCUGUCCGGAGAAGUUGAUGCGUGGGAGAUAGCACCUCGCUUCUCAGACCUGCUGGCAAAUACAAAUGUGCUGUUUUUUCAAGACAAGGUCAAACUCUUGUACCCCUCUGAUCAUUUGGUAAUGAAUGGACCUGCAAAAUCAAGUGCUGGAGGAAGUGUACUUCUUGAGAGUGGUCUUCUUAUUGAAUAUGACUGGCUGGUUCUUUCUCUGGGUGCUGAAGCUAAGCUUGAUGUUGUACCAGGAGCGUCAGAGUUUGCAUUGCCAUUCUCCACUCUGGAGGAUGCUCGCAAGGUUGAUCUUAGGCUAAGAGAAUUGGAGAGGAGAAAGUUCAGCAAGGAAUCUCUAAUACAUGUGGUGGUUGUUGGUUGUGGUUACGCUGGAGUUGAGUUAGCUGCUACAGUUUCGGAGAGACUGCAGGACAGAGGUGUAGUACAAGCAAUUAAUGUAGAAAACACAAUCUGCCCAAAUGCCCCGCCUGGAAAUAGGGAAGCUGCGACUAAAGUUCUCUCAUCAAGGAAAGUUGAACUUCUGUUAGGUUACUUUGUUCGUUGUAUUCGUCAAGUUGUUGAUGCGAAAGCUUCAGAAAAACCAACAAAGAGCAUAGGAGUUGAAGGCAUUGCUGCAGAACAUGAUUUUGGGAAAUAUAUUUUGGAACUUCAACCUACUGAAAAGGGAUUACAAAGUCAAACUAUUGAAGCAGAUCUUGUCUUAUGGACUGUUGGGUCUAAAUCUCUUCUUCCUCAGCUGGAACCCGGUAACAGGCGCGGUGCGCUUCCCUUAAAUGGCAGGGGCCAAGCAGAAACAGAUGAAACACUUCGUGUUAAUGGUCACCCACGCAUAUUUGCAGUUGGUGAUUCUUCUGCUCUAAGGGAAUCAAAUGGAAGGCUUCUUCCUGCCACUGCACAGGUCGCUUUUCAGCAAGCAGACUUUGCUGGUUGGAAUCUGUGGGCUGCAAUAAACAACCGCCCGCUUUUGCCUUUCAGGUUUCAGAAUUUAGGUGAAAUGAUUACUUUGGGAAGAAAUGAUGCUGCCAUUUCUCCAAGUUUCAUCGAGGGGUUAACGUUAGAUGGUCCUUUGGGUCAUACCGCGAGGAAAUUAGCCUACUUGAUUAGAUUACCAACUGAUGAGCAUAGGCUUAAAGUAGGGAUCAGUUGGCUUACAAAAUCUGCUAUAGAUUCUGUUGCAUCUCUACAGAGCACCCUGACGAAGGUUAUUUCAAACUCAUAGACCAUUUUAUUCUUCCAAUAUAUACCAUGCCUCAGAUCAUUGUAAAGCAAUUGAAUGUUGGUAAGAAAACCUAUAAUAUAUAGAAGCUUUGUUGGUAACAUAACUAGUACAAAUUAUUUGUCUCGUACAAAAAGAUAAAAUGUAUACACUGCAAUUUUUAUCUGAAGCAGUAGUUGAACAA